GAGGUGGCUGGUAGGCUAUAAAAGGCAUUCCACAGGCAGGAGCAGCUCAGUGCGGGGUGUGCUGUUGGUUCACUUGCUCCAAGCAUGGCCAGGUCCCUUGGCAGGCACCCCUGGAGCUUGGGUGGCCCGUGCCUGCUGGGUCUCCUGGCCCGCCUGCUGCUCUGGGGCUCUCCAGGUGCCCGGGGGAGCUACCUGAGGAGAUCCUCCAGCUGCAUGCCCAUCCCUCAGAGCAUGGCCCUCUGCUACGACAUCGGCUACUCCGACAUGAGGAUCCCCAACCUGCUGGAGCAUGAGACCAUGACAGAAGUCAUCCAGCAGUCUUCCAGCUGGCUGCCCCUGCUAGCCAGGGAGUGCCACCCAGACGCUAGGAUUUUCCUCUGCUCCCUCUUUGCACCCAUCUGUUUGGACAGGCUCAUCUUCCCCUGCCGCAGCCUCUGCGAGGCCGUCAAGAGAAGCUGCGCGCCCGUCAUGGCUUGUUACGGCUACCCCUGGCCCGAAAUCCUCAACUGCAACAAGUUCCCUGCAGAUCAUGAGCUGUGUAUUGCAGCAGUGUCCGUGGAUGAAAAUUCCUCAAGCAGGAGAAUGCCCCGAGCCAGCUGCCAGGACUGUGAGCUUGAGGAGGCCAGCACUGCCAGGGAGAUCCUGGAAAGCCUCUGUGCAAAUGAUUUUGCAGUGAAAAUCCGAAUCCUGAGGAGGAACACCACCACCACCAUCUCGGACUUCGACCUGGACCCCUCCAAAGUGGAGGUGCUGAAGCACGGCCCGCUGCUCAGAACUGAAAUCCCUGCCAGGCUCCAGCAGUGGCUGGACAUAGAUGCCACCUGCGCCCACAACAUCAUGCGAGGCACCCAGGCAGGGGUCUUUGUUGUCAGUGGUGACGUGCAGAGUGACAAAGUGGUGGUGAACAAGGCUUAUGCCUGGCAGAAGAGGAACAGGAACCUGCACCAGGCAGUGAGGAGGUGGAAGCACCACCGCUGCCCCGAACAGGCGGGAUGGAAGGUCUGAAAAAGCUCACCUCCAGCAAUGAGAAACUGCUCCCCUCCCUAUUGCUAGAAAACUCCUUUCCCUGGCAGGUGGUGUUUUGGAGAUGUACAGUGAUACUUCUAGGUGAUUUGAAGCAGUCAUAGUGCACAGAUAGGGCUUCACUACAGAUCCCUGUUUUACCAAGACAGAGCUUAAGGAUGCAGGUUUAACAUGUUCCUCUGACAAUGCUCUGUAGAUCCAGGACGUGCUAUGUUCAGCUUUGCAUAGGAUCCAACAUCACAACAAAACUAUGCAGGUGAGGACAAACUAGAAGAAACCCUUUAUAACAGUUCCUUCUAGUUCUCAUUAUCAGAGCUGGUAUUUCAGAUUCAUUAUUUGACCCUGAAACAUUGAUGCUGUCCAAGUGCCUGUUUAUUUUCUGUCCAGAGAUUACAUGAAAGUCUCCCUGACUGUGAAGUGAUACUUUUAUGUAAUGGAGCAAAUACUUUACUCUUGAACAGUCUGAGGUGAAUUAACAGGGAGAGGAACCCACCCUGGCUAUGCCCAGCCCUUUAAAAACUGCAUGCUGAACUCUGCUCUUGAGUCAGGCUGUCCCUCUAGCUUCCUGCACUGAGAGUUGAUGAGCAUCCACACAAGCAAAAAGAAACAGUCAUUCUCAAGCAGGAAAGGCACAGAGCAGACAGCUGAGGGUUUCUACAUAACAGGGAAAAAACUGUUUUUCAACAUCAGAAAUUCAGUGUGGAUCAGAAGAUUCUGGUAACUGGGGAUAUCACAAGAACCUUGAGAAAAGCAGAGCACGAGUGAGACAUCAGCUGUUCAAAGCUCUGCUCUGGUGUGAACAGCAGCUUUGCUCGGGACUGGGAGGUGAUUUCCAGCCCAAGCACAGUAGGAUAUUUCAGUUUUGAUACGGGAGCAGGGGAGAAACCUUUCACAGCUGCCUCGCCUUCCAUCUGUACAUAAGGAAGAUAGAAAAUAUGGGAAAAAUAUGGGAAAACUCAGUCUCUCUGCAGCUAUCUCACUCAAGCAGGACUGUCACUCCCUGCAGGGGCACACACUGUGCUCCAGACCACAGAGCAGAAAACAGCAAACCCCCAAAUGAGGAAACAAGUGGGAUUUCUACAGCCUAACAAAGCACUGUCCAUGGAAAGUUUUCUAUAUUGGUUGAAACCUGUGGCUGAAAUAAAAAACCAAAACAAGUGGAAAAACCAGCCUUUGGGAGGAAUGCUUUCUGCCCUGCUGGUGAUGCUGUGCAGAGACAGCCGGUCUGCUUGGGGACACAUCGGUCUGCUGGGGAC